CGGGCGUCUAAGCAUAAACGUGAACUAAACGUUCUUUCAGCAUGGACUGCCGCAGGUUCAAUCGCGGUCAUCGCCUCAACAUGUGCUCUAGGAUAUCUUGCAACAGAUCUGUUCGAGCCCCGAGUCGCAUAUGCCGAAGCACCCUCGUCAGCGAAAGAGUUUUCGCCACCGGAAAGAAAAGACCUGCCCAUAUUCAAAAAAGAGGAAGUGAAGAAACAUGGGAAGGAUUCUAAGACCAUUUGGGUCACGUACAAAUCGGGGGUGUAUGAUAUCACCGAGUUCCAAAAAUUGCAUCCUGGUGGAGACAAAAUAUUGUUGGCUGCUGGCGGUGCAGUAGAUCCUUAUUGGAGUCUUUAUGCGCAACACCAAACGAAGGAGGUAAUGGAGAUUCUGGAAGAUUAUCGCAUUGGGAACCUUGAUCCGAAAGAUGUGGAAGCGACAAAGGCUGUUGAUGCGUCUGACCCGUUUCGCAAUGAUCCUGAACGACAUCCUGCCCUAAUUGUGAAUCAACAACGUCCUUUCAAUGCUGAAGCCCCAGGAGAGCUUAUCAUGGAUCAUUUUCGUACCCCGAACGAGCUAUUCUUUGUUCGACAUCACAUGCCUGUACCACAGGUUCCGAAGAUCGAUCCAAAGGAACACCGGCUGACAGUCGAAGGAGUAGGAGUGAAACGGCCAAUAAAUUUAUCUGUGGAUGAGUUGAAAAACAACUAUCGGCCAGUGUCAAUCACUUCUGCAAUACAGUGUGCGGGCAAUCGUCGAGCUGACAUGAACAACAAUGCUCAGUGGACUGGUGUUCGAUUGCGUGAUUUGCUGAUAUUAGCCGGAGUAGAUCCGAACGAUUCUAAAAUCAAGCAUGUUCAUUUAGAGGGUGCUGACUCUGAUUCAACAGGUCAGUCGUAUGGAGCUUCAAUUCCAUUUGAGAAAGCAAUGAGUCCUGAAGUAAUCAUUGCUUACAGCAUGAAUGGAGAAGACAUCCCUCGAGAUCAUGGUGCUCCUCUACGUUGUAUCGUCCCCGGUGUAGUUGGUGCACGACAAGUCAAGUGGCUGAAAACUGUGCGCCUCAGUGAUGUGGAAAGUCCGAGCCACUGGCAGCAAAAGGAUUACAAGGCAUUCCCUCCCAAUGUUGGUCCCGGUGAUGAAUUGGAUUGGAAAUCAGUACCAGCUAUUCAGGACUACCCGGUUCAGAGUGCUUUCUGCAUCCCAGCGCCCAACACCAAAGUCAAAAGAGAUGCCGAAACGGUAGACGUUGCUGGAUACGCUUGGAGUGGUGGCGGUCGGGGAAUAAUUCGGGUUGAAGUUAGUGGUGACGGCGGUAAAACGUGGCAAAGUGCAGAACUGGAGCAAGACCCUGAACAAGAUCUCGAUCAUAUGUGGGCCUGGACACUGUUCCGCGCAAAUAUCAAAAUUCCAGAAGGAGCUGAGAAAAUGGAACUAGUUGUGAAAGCUACAGACCGGGCCCACAACACGCAACCAGAAGGAGCAUCAGGUAUAUGGAAUGUUAGAGGACUUAUCCAUAACGCCUGGCAUCGAGUCACGGUGCAGAUUGUUGAUUAG